UAAAAUUCCCACAAUGCAUCUCUUCAAAGAAAGUGUAAAAGCAUGGCGUUGAAGUAGACAACGAGAAUUACAAACUUUUGUCGUUUUUAAAACGUUUUAGGAAUGUCCGAGAAAGCUGAAGGUGUGGAUAAUGUGUAGUAUUCUGUAUUACCUCUUGAAAUAUGUAUGAUUUGUCCGGGAAAAUGAACUAAUUCUCUCUUUUUACCACUAGGAAAAGUUGAAACUUCGAGUUCUGUUCAAGGCAAAGCUGAGAGAAUGGAUGGCCCGCCUUCUCCGAAACGAGUAAGUUUACAACUGAAAUGUCCCUAAAAACUGUUUAUGCGAUUAAGUUCGUCAUUUUUUUGUAAGAUUAGCGGUUUAAUAUGCAGUUUUUAUCAACAAACAAGGCUUGUUUUUGCGUCAAAUUUGUAAUUGUUUUUUAUUUGUAGAUCAAACUGAUGGACAAUGUCAACGAUAUGAAAAAGAUGAACCGAGACUUAUUGCUAUCGAAGUAAGUGCAAUCACAUUCUGUUAACAAUAUAUGAUAUGUUUGAUUUCUAAUAUCAAUUUGUAGACUUGGCGUUUUUAAGUAUAUCCACUCAAAUUCAAAGUUAAGUGUACUAAUGUUUGCAAAACAAAAAUUUUUUGAGCACAUGUAGACAAUUAGGCCAUUCCGUUUAUGUAGGCAAGGUCCCUUCAUAAUCUGCUUAGGAACCCUAUAUUGUUUUUACCCCCUUGAUAACAAAUUUUCCCCAUUUUCGUUUUGAAAAACCCCAGGGAGGUGGGAGUCUUAAAUUGAAAGUACCUAUAAGUGUACCAAUAUAUUGACCAUUUCAAAACUCCUUGGAAUGUGAAAACAAGAGGAAAGACAUGUUAAUAGUCGUAGCUCUAGACAUGUUAGUAGUCGUAGCUCCUGAUCGAAUAUUUUCUCUGUUGGAAGUGAGCUAAGUGUUGGAUUUUGUUUACAAAAGGUUUCAAGAGCAAGAUAAAUACAUUAACCAUCUAGAGGAGAAAGUGAACCAGACUUCUAAUGGUAAGUAUUAGAACUAUAUGUCCUUUCACCUUCUGUUCUUAACUCAUUAAUAUGCAAGACUCAUCUUCAUAAGUAAAAUCAUCUGGUGUUAGAUACCAGUGCGAAUAGGGCACAUUGCUGCUUAAUAGAUUAACAAAUGGGUCAUUCCAGAAAAGAUCCACACACUCUUUAUGGAGGAAAUUCUGCCAUCCAGAGGGGGAGAAAAAUGUGUUUCUGUGUAUUAGGACAUGGGUAGGGGGGUUAACUUCUAAUUUCCUGCGUGGGGGAGGUAUGGAUGUUUUCUGGAAUGACCCGACCGAAUCACAUGGUGUUAGAGUAAAAUACUGAAGUAGGGUGCAUUUGGGUGUUAUUGCAGUGUAAUGGGUUAAAAUAGUUAAUACUACUUAUGAAUAGUUGCUUUUGUUCUCUUGCUAACUUUUAAAAUUCAAUUUGGGAUAUCUAGCUGGAGAACUUACAUCACUUCGUGAAUCAGAGGAAAAGUUAAAGUUGCAACAGCAAGAGUCAACUCGACGCGAGAACGUUCUUGUGAUGCGCUUGGCGACCAAGGAACAAGAAAUGCAGGAACUACUGGUGAGAUAUUUAUAUGGAACAAUAAUCUCGUUUUACAAUUCAGCCGUUGCAAGUACAUAAAAAACUCUCCAAGUUUGAAAGUACUAGUGGUCUCCAAUGACAGUUGAACUGUGCGGCUGGCCAUUGGACGGCAGGCAAAGGCGGGAAUUGUCUUGGACAGCCUGUCUAUGUGAAGGUUUGGGACACUAUAUGGUGAGGUCUGAACUAUCUAACUCAGAUAAACAGUAAUUGGUGAGGUGUGAAAUAUAUAUCUGACUGAGCUAUUCAAUUGUUAGUCUCAACAAACUGGUAAAUGUGGUGAAAUGCAAGAACAAUGCUCGGUCUUCAGCUUGUUGCAACAGUUGGGAGCAAAGCUUAUUUUGCAAUGACUUUAAAUGAUCGUAGCCUGAUGUAAAACUGUAGAGUAAAACAGGGUUCGUAUUAGAGGGGGAAAAUCGACUUGCAAAUUUUCAAAAUUUGAAGGAAAUUUCAGUUUUGCCAUAUUUUUCAUUUCACAUAUCCAUUUAAUACAAAAUUACAAUAAUAGUAAGCAAAAUACUUAGCAAAAUAAAUUUGAACUAAUUGUGAAAAUAACCUUUGAUGUUAACCUGAAUACACCGUACAUUGUUAUUGCAAAACGUCAUUCGUAAAAUGGAUUAUAUUUCCAAAUUGCGAAUAGCGAGCUUCUAAUUCGAACCCUGUGCUCUGAGCAUCAGCAUUCUCUUGCAUUUGCCAAUAAGCUAGAGUUGAGCUAAAUAGCAUUUUGAAAGUGUCUUGAGCAAUGAGCAAAUGAUAUUGACUUUCGUUGAAAAAAAAAGCAUGUCUGGUGAACAGUUGAACAUUUGAUGAAGCACAGACAUGGCAGUGGUUGAAAGCAAGGCGAUUGAACUGCAAUUGAACUGAACUUUUUUAUGCUUAUGAAAGAACAUUUUAAGGAACUUUGAACAUUAUAUGGCGGAUGUUUUACAAUGAACUGCAGACAUUAUGAACUUGAAACAUUUUAAAUUAUAUCAGUAAUGUAGUGUUUAUUAGUAGACAAUGGUAGCACAAAAGGAAAGCCAAUGUUUAUGUUCACUAUAUUAACUAUGCUGGUAUUGUGUUUGUACUGUUGCUAAAUCAACUGUGUGUGUGUUUUAAAUUGUACAAUAACAAUAUUCAACAGGCUAAUCAAGAACUAAUGAUAAAUGGUUUCCUAUAUCGGUUCUACUUGUAUGCGACUCAAGUGAAACUUUAAUCAGACAAUUGCAUAUUGCGGGAAUGAAUCUAGGUGUGUAGAGAUGAAAGACAUGUUCACUGACCACCAUGCAACUAGUAUCUUGUCCACCUCACUGUGCUUUGCAGUCACUAUACUACUUUAUAUCAGUAUAUUCUGAGUUCCAUCAUUCUCUCCUUGUUGAUCCUCUCAUCUCCUAACAUUCUUACACACCUAUCUUUCAUCAUGAGUUGGCAAGCUCAUCGCACUUGAGCAUAUUUAUAUUCUUAUGGGUUUGCUGCUUGUCCAGAGUCCAGGGAAAACAUAUGGUAAAUGAUCUGAUGAUAUUUGUGGGGUUUUACCAAGUCCCCCCCCUCAAAAAAAUAAAUUUGUCCCCAUAGCCAGUGAUGCAGGGGAGUGAGAUUGGGAUGGGAAGAUAGAGAUGGUGGGUGAAAAAGUUUCCCUUUUCCCUUGCUUCUGUUUUCACUCUCCCCACUAGCACAAGAUAUGUACACCGCAGUUGGGUUGCUAGUCCCCAACAUUAGCUUUUAUUUAUCAUCUCGAUCAUAGGUUAACUGCCAAAAUAGAGUGGGGGCUUUAGGUAUAAAGAGAUUUUGCUAAACAUUACACAGUUCAAACUGUGGAUAACACGCAUGGCUCGUCCCUCCCAGCCCAUGGAAGCAUAUAGAAGAAAGGUAAUUUACCAUCAGAGAAUUAUACUUGUGAGUGGUCUAAGAAGGUCUGGGUUGUAAGUUGAGCUGCGAUCAAAUGACAUCAUUUUGUUAUCCACAUAGAGAUACCAAAUUUUAUUGGGCGUGCUGAUGCUUGAAAAGGGGACACAUCCUAAGAUCCAUUUUAGCCCUAGGCUUCCUUAAAUUUUUACGUUGGUUCUUUUUCGUUUAGACCCAAAUCCAUGACUUAAAACAAGCUCAAAAUCCUGCAGGCUCUCAGCUUCGUUCAACUCUGCUUGACCCAGCUGUUAACGUAGUCUUUCAAAGAAUGAAAUCUGAACUAGAUGAAACCAAGGACAAAUUGGAGCAAGCACAGAAUGACUUGAGCGCGUGGAAAUUCACGCCUGACAGGUACAAACGUGUGUGUAUAAAAUAUUAGGGUAGUGCGUGUUGUCUCCGUAUCGCUACGCGCUCUACAAUACUUGCACAACAUUUCAUGUGCUUAAAUAUUCUGCGAAAUCCAAGAUGUCAUGAAUAAGGCGUCUUGGUUCACUUGAUCAAAUAUUCAUGACAUGUUUUAAAACUUAAAGAGAUUAUAUCAAAUAUUCAUUUGUAACAAGUAAAAAACUAGUUGUUCAUGAAUAAUCUCAGUAGAUCACUUAGUACUACAGAAAUGAUCGGGAAUUGUGUAUAUUAUAGUCAAAUGAUUACCACUCGACUGCUGUACCAAUAAACCGAGUGUUACAAUGAACGGUUACCAAACUACGAUAAUACCAUAAUAACUAUAUGUAUGGUAUUAGUUAUUGGGGAAAAUACGUAUUAUAUAUAACAAUCGUACAUAUAUUUGCGUCGCGGAGAUUUUUUAAAUGGCGAAAGAAUUUAAAAUAACCUUUUGUCUUACAUGAGCUUCGUGUGGACAAUUCCCUGAUUGAAAAAUUAAGAAAGAUUACCUCUGCUCGUAGUACAUUUUCGUGUUUUUUUAAUGACAUGAAAUUGAAGACAAAGUUUGAGAAAUUUACAAUUACUAACGAGCUGGUCGGCUGCUCCUCAUCGUUGCGCAGAUUAUGUUAAUCUAGCCUCAAUGUUGUAUAGCGUUACAGGGAAAAAGCUGAUGGCAAAAUGCCGUAUGUUGAUUCAAGAAAAUAAAGAACUUGGUAAACAGCUUUCGCAAGGCCGUGUAGCUCAACUUGAAGCCGAGUUGGCUUUACAGAAGAAAUAUAGUGAAGAGCUCAAGACGAGUGAAGCUGGUAAGUUCCAUGAUAUUUAAUUAAUUAACAAAUAGAUAAGAUUUUACCGUUGUCUGUUCACUCGGCUCGUGAGCCUCUUUUGUUCUUUCCACAUUAUGAUGUCAUACUGUGUAUCUGUAACUGAGCAGACAGCGGCAAAAUCUUAUCUACUUGUUAAAUAUAAUAAAAGAAAAACCCUGAAUUAAACAGGUAAAUAGCUUACUUUUUAUCCACCCAAACAUUUGGAAAUUUGAAAAAGUCGAAAUUUUACAAAUAUCACGCGUACAUGAUCUAUACAAAUAAGGGAAUGCUAUUGGCUACCUUAAUUGUGACGUAAUUCCGUGCAUCUGUCCUCGAAUGGCUGUCCAUGGCGGUCCAUAGCUCUCGAUGAAAGCGCUUGAAUUCGUAACUUCAUUAUAUAAAAAUGUAUUGAGUAUACGAAUGAACCCAAGUGUCGGUUGUACGUAGGGUGGAUAGCGCUGUCUAUCCGAUAUUGAUUCGAGAGGUAGUUUACGAGAUGGUUCCAAAAUUGAAAUAUGAGUAGUAUGUGGGGGUUAGGUUAACCUGAAGUUCAGGCCCUAUAUUCACAGAAUAGGGCCUGACACAAAACCUAUCUAAACUGUGGGAUUCCCGUCCACCUGGUGGACGGGAAAUCUGAUUGGUUGAUCAGCAUCAUGAAGGAUUUUGAUUGGUUGCAUGUUCACAUAAACAACAGUUUUAAAAAUAGCUCGCUCAAGGCGACAAUUAAUAUAAAGGUCAAACGCACGUAACAAAUUCCAUUAUCGAUUUCUUCGAAUUUCUUUUCUUUUAUGCUUUAUGGCAGAAAUUAAAUCAAACAAACAGUAUUUUGAAAGGGCUUUAUCAAAAUCUUUGACGAAUUUUGGACACACACGACGCUCAAAGAACAGCCAAACUAGUCAUGUAUUCGAAAGCUUGUUGUUGACAGCCAAGAUGUUCUGCCAACUGGCUUCGCCGGCAAAAGUCUUAUUUUUAAUAUCAGGUCCUACCGGCGUUGUUUUCUGAGCUACAUUGCCUUCUUCGUGGUACGAUUGAGAAUUUAAUUGUUGCUGUUGUUAGCCCGUUAGUCGUUUAUAGAGCAUAUCCGCAUCCAGCAAGUUGAGACCUUGAGAAAGCUUGGCAGUCAAGCCGUCCACAGAACUGACUAAUUAAUAUAAAUCUUUGUUUGCUGUUCGGUUAAAUUUAAAUAGAGAAACUGACUCUUAAUUAUAUAAAAGUACCUUGAAUUUUUAAGUUUAACGAAAAAGCAAAAUCUACACUCUGCGGACAUGUUCAUGAGAAUAUAAAUUUUUUGUGUAACAAAAUCGAAAUCUACAACACUUGUCAAUCAUAUUGCAUGUGUGUCUAAAAAUAACAUGUGGGCGUCCCACGGUCUAGACGGGUUUUGUGUCAGGCCCUAUUUCAAAUUAGGGCCUGAACUUCAGGUUAGGGUUAGGUGUGAGGUAAGGGUAAGGUUUAGUAUUGUUGUAAGUGACUGGUUGUUGAUUUUUUUUACGUUUUAAAGAUCUUAAAAACUGGCGGCCAUCUUGAAAACCUGCCUCUAGUCCAGGGGUGGAUUUGCGCGGGGGGGGGGGUUGCACCCCGCUAGCUAGCCUGCGAACAGGCUCACUGGGAGAAAGGUGAGCCUGCACGGAACCAUGCGUUUUAUUCAUUCAUCCCCUUUUCGCAUCUGCUAAACGCUAACCAAUCAGCGUCGACUGCGAUAAAUAAACUGUCAACUGUCAAAUUGACGCAAGGCGUGUACAUUGUGCAACAUGAACAAUAAUAAUACAAAGCAUUAGCGGGCCGCACAAUAUAUUACUCGGAAAAUAUAGAAUUCUUCAAAUAUUAAAUAGAUAUCAAUACACAUACAAAUAUAAAGCCGAAUAAACUACCAUUGGCUUUGAAUGUACAGUAAUACUUGUACUAUGUGCGACUGAAAGAACAAUGUUCUGAAUAUUUUGAAGCUAUUACUAAAAUACGGUCAGAUAGAUUGGGAUUUGGAAUACCGAAUACGUUUAAAAUUUUACUAACUGUGGUCUAAAUAAAUGAUAAAUGAGCAUGUAUUUAUUAAUUUCUUCGAAAUCACGAGUGUGCCAAUAGUGGAAGCCGUAUCGACGACGAAAUUGUCAGCAGUUAAUAUACAGUAAACAGUACAACGUUUAAUGUACGAUAUAUAUAUUUAUCUAAAUGACAUGCCAGCGAGGAUCGACAAUAUAAUUAUUCGUACAUAUUUGGGUAUCUUUUGUAUGCCUUCGCUUGCUGACUUGCUCACUAAUGAGAAUAAUCCGUGAAGCCACGACGACCUCAAAAUGUACUAUACUAUGGUCUGAUGUCAAUCCGAAGACGAAGUUCAGAAUACUGUUAUAGUUUCGUAUAUUGGAUUUAAGCGAUAGAUUCAAGUCAUUUAUGAUAGACUUUUUUGCUGUGAUGCUUUGCUAUUGCUUUUGGUUUCCAUUUCUAGUUUUAUUUGUUCGAUAGUCCCUAUAAUAUAUAAUAUUAAAAUGAAUAAAGUUCAAAUUCUUCAAAAUGCUGUUGUUGACAUUUGCUAUUUUUAGUAAUUUUGUCAACGAGUGUAAGCCAAUCAGAAGCCUGCGUUUCUAUACGAACGCCACUACCAAAAAAACCUAUCAUCCGUGCAGGCCCUCUAUUCUUCGCGCCGCCUGCAACCCAGGGCCUGUUCGCAGGCUACCCGCUAGCCCUUGUCAGGGGGGGUGCUAUUUUUCAUGAUAAGCAAAAAAUUAUUAGAGACAAAAUGAUAUACAGUAAUUUGAGUAAUAACAUGAUGAUAAGCAAACUAAAAUACUGGGGCAGGUUGUACGAAGGCUGGUUAGCGCUAUCCACCGGAUAGUGAUUUUUUCAAGCUUUAUUAAAUCAGUCGUUCAUUGGUAUAACUGGUAUUAAACUUUAGUAUUUAUAAGUUGAAUGUUUUUUAUACUUCUUGUGUCGUCUGUAUCUGUAGUUUCACUGUUUUUCAAGCAUUUUUACAAAAAAAAUCACUAUCCAGUGGAUAACGCUAUCCGUCUUCGUACAACCGGCCCCUGUAGUCAAGCAAGUUGAUGGGCGGGCGGUACACAUGACCGACACAACUCGGUGGCAGAGCACCCACCUUUACCAGAUCAUGCUGGAUCCAUCCCUGCUCUAGUCCAUUCCCUUUAGCCACGACCUUGGCUGCUACCGCUACCAAUUUACAGUAGAAAGUGCACUGGUCUGGAAAAGAGUACUUCUAGUAUAAAGCUUAACCUUAUUCUUGUCAGUACUUUUGGUACAAAACUGAACUUGCAUUGAAACAACUAUCACAGUUUCAAAAUAAUAACUGUGGUUUAAAUUCUCACUAUAUAGAACUCAAUGAAUUUGUUAUCCAACUCGACGAGGAGGUCGAGGGAAUGCAGUCAACAAUCCUGACCUUACAACAACAACUAAAAGGUGUUAAAACUGAACUGGUGGAAGAGAAGCAAAGCAGUGAAAAACAUGUUGAACAGAUUCGUGUCUUGGAGCGAAAUUUAGACCUGGCAAGAACUCAACCGCCAAGUCCUGUGGAAGGCGGAAAACCGCCCACAGUUGAAGACAUGCAAUACGAUACUACUGAUAGGACAGAAGCUGAGACUGAGAACCAGGAGUCUGGGCAUGAAGCAAUGGAGAGCGAGUCCAGCAAUGAAGAGCCUGGGGAGGACAACAUGAAGCACGAAGACAAAGACUCCAAAUUUCAGAAUGUUGAACCAGAAUUGGACAACGUGACUCCAGAUGUUGAAAACGUGUCCUCUGGGUACAACAACGUGUAUUCUGAUGCUGAAAACGUGCAAUUUGAUGUCAGAAACGUGCAACAACCUGAGGUGAGAAACGUGCAGCAACCUGAGGUCAGAAACGUGCAGCAAUUUGAUGUCAGAAACGUGCAGCAAUUUGAUGUCAGAAACGUGCAAUCUGAAGUCAGAAACGUGCAGCAACCUGAGAUCAGAAACGUGCAGCAACCGGAGAUCAGAAACGUGCAGCAACCUGAGAUCAGAAACGUGCAGCAACCUGAGAUCAGAAACGUGCAGCAACCUGAGAUCAGAAACGUGCAGCAACCUGAGAUCAGAAACGUGCCGCAAUUUGAUGUCAGAAACGUGCAGCAACCUGAGAUCAGAAACGUGCAGCAACCUGAGAUCAGAAACGUGCCGCAAUUUGAUGUCAGAAACGUGCAGCAACCUGAGAUCAGAAACGUGCAAGAACCUGAGGUGACAAACGUGCCGCAAUUUGAUGUCAGAAACGUGCAGCAACCUGAGAUCAGAAACGUGCAAGAACCUGAGGUGACAAACAUGCAGCAAUUUGAUGUCAGAAACGUGCAGCAACCUGAGAUCAGAAACGUGCAACAACCUGAGGUGACAAACGUGCAGCAACCUGAGAUCAGAAACGUGCAACAACCUGAGGUGACAAACGUGCCGAAAUUUGAUGUCAGAAACGUGCAGCAACCUGAGAUCAGAAACGUGCAAGAACCUGAGGUGACAAACGUGCCGCAAUUUGAUGUCAGAAACGUGCAGCAACCUGAGAUCAGAAACGUGCAACAACCUGAGGUGACAAACGUGCCGCAAUUUGAUGUCAGAAACGUGCAGCAAUUUGAAGUCAGAAACGUGCUACCUGAAGUCAGAAACGUGCUACCUGAAGUCAGAAACGUGCUGCCUGAAGUCAGAAACGUGCUACCUGAAGUCAGAAACGUGAUCACAGAGGCUAAUAAUGUGUCUUCAGAGGUUAAGAACGCCAGCCCAAAGGAAAACGAGAAAAUUGAACCAAAUCUACGGAAAACGGCCAGCACUCCCCCUUGCUCAGCGUUCUCCAUCAGCCAAAUACUUGGGGGAGAACCCCGAAGGACUCCCUCUCCUGACAUUCCACCGGGGGGUGAUGCUGUUGUGACAAAGAUUCCUUACAUAGGGGGGUUCUCUGACCCGACAGGGGAUACUUUGAGGACCGAGGGCUCUGGGAUACUGAACGGGGAUGGGAAGGACGGUACCCCACCCAUAGUGACGUAAGAGUAGAUCAGAUGAUAGAGGGUAAUUUAGGGAUGGAUAUGGUGUCAUAGUAUAGUUUUUGUCUAUUCAUUUUUAUUGGAACUGUCCAAAGAUGUUUGAAUAAAGUGCAUUUUAACACCAAACUUGUGCCUAUUUUAU